AUGCAGGCGGCCGCCAAAGGCAAGCCCGACCACCAGGGCCGUAGGACCAAGCUGGCGAAUUCCUACCAGGAGCUGCUCAACGAAUUCUCGAGCAGCGAUCUCAAAUCGGUCGGGAACUAUACUCUUGGCCGCUUGAUUGGAAAAGGCUCUUUCGGAAAAGUCUAUCUAGCCACCCACAAGCUCACCAAUGGCUCCAAGGUUGUUCUCAAGUCGGCCAACAAGAGCGAUUCGAAUCUCGCCCGCGAAAUCCACCACCACCGACAGUUUGUCCAUCCUCAUAUUGCCCGCCUCUACGAAGUCAUAGUUACAGAGAACCUGGUAUGGCUUGUUCUGGAAUACUGCUCUGGCGACGAGCUGUACAACUACCUACUCGACCACGGCCCGCUCGCCAUCGACAAGGUGCAAAAGAUUUUUGCCCAGCUCGUCGGCGCCGUUAGUUACGUCCACCUGCAGUCUUGCGUGCAUCGCGAUCUCAAGCUCGAGAACAUACUCUUUGAUAAGCACGAGAAUGUCAAGUUGGUAGAUUUUGGCUUCACGCGAGAAUAUGAGGGCAGGGUGAACCACCUUCAGACUUUUUGCGGAACGAUAUGCUACUCGGCCCCCGAAAUGCUCAAGGGCGAAAAGUAUGCUGGUGAAAAGGUCGACGUCUGGAGUUUGGGCAUCAUUCUCUACUCGCUGCUCUGUGGCGAGCUGCCAUUCGACGACGACGACGACAAUGUCACGCGAUCACGAAUUCUUGGCCAGGAACCAAAGUAUCCGGACCACUUGUCGCCCGAUGCCGUGGCGCUGAUCAAGUCGCUCCUUUCAAAACGACCGAUUUUGCGACCCAGCUUGCCAGAGAUAUUGGCUCACCCAUUUCUAGCCGAACAUGCCCCAGCCCAGCAAGCUAUCCUCGAAAUCAUGCCACAACCUCCAUUCACCUCGCCUUUAGAAAAGGACUGUUUGCAACGCAUGAGAAGUGCUGGCGUGGAUAUUGACGCGGUGAUUGAGAGCGUAUUGUCGCAGCGAUGCGAUGCGCUGACUGGAUGGUGGAUUUUAUUGCUGGAAAAAGAGGAGCGCAAAAUGAAGCGGCGCGAAAUCAAGCGUCGAGAAAAGGAGACUGAGCGAAGUCUGCGCCGUCUGUCGGCCGCAUCCAGCCGGCUUGAGCGCCUAGCCCCGACUCUACAGGAUGUUGACGAGGAUUCUGGUCUCACUUCCCAGUUCAUCCGAAUCGGAGACCAACACUCGCAAAGACGCGGCCGCAGCGACAGACGAAGCGCAGGAUACUACGACAUUACUAUAACAGACCUUCCGGAGCUUACUGAAGUGGCUCGGGAGAAUGGCUCGGCGAGCGGAGGCGAGUCUGCGCGACCAGCCGAUAAUCAGUCUAUCCGGUCCGUGUCAACUUCUCAUUAUCGACCUAUACCGCCGCCUAAGGAAGGCGUGAUUCGCAGUGCAAGGUCACGCGGAUCAACACUGCAUCUCAUCACAACAGCUGACUCCCUCAACAGCAGAGCCCAGCCCAGCCCUGGGGAAAUGAGCAACGGCAAGGCCAACGGCAUCUCCAAGUGGAAGAAGAAGCCCAGCAUCAUGGCCCACUGGAAGCACUGGACGCACUGGUUCAAGGAGAAUGCCAAAGUGCGGCGCAAGGGCCACGAACGUCACGCGAGCAGGAGCACGCCUGAUCUUCAUAACAAGGAACGGAAAAACACGGAAAAGGAUGUGAGCCCUCGUCCGCAGACGAGCAAGUAUCCAAACUCGACGAGCGGCGCAGGCUCCCACGGUACGGCGCCGCUGCCCAAGGGCGUGGUGGCCAACGGGCACUAUGGCAAGGCAGCUUCGCCAGGUCGCCGGGUGCUGUCUAGGAGCAGCACCACGAGUAGCCUGACGCCGUCGCACCCACAUCGACCGCGUGUUUCGAGCAACAACUCACAUUCGUACAAGCGACAAUCUAUUUCACCCGCGCCCAUGACGCCUCGGUCGACAGUGCGUCGAUCAUCGGCUGGCCUGCGGGGUCGUAAAUCGACGUCUUCGUCGGUCUCGUCGGUUCGCUCCCUGCACCACCACCACCACACACACUCCAAGGCUUCCUCGACUAGUUCCACCAGAUCCGUGUCAGCAUCCAAGACGCCGCUCGGCCGGACGCACUCGCCGCACCACUCGGUCAAGGUGCUCCCCGCCACACCAACUUCGCACGCAUUCCCCUCCAACAUUCGUCUUGUCCGCGGCUCGCCCGCGCCGGCCCCGCUGCAGCUGUACAAUGAGGGCAUGCCGGGCGGCAGCAGCAGCAGCAGCCGCGCGCCUGGGUCGCCGAACCCGUUCGCCGGGGGCGUGCAAUUUGCGAAGCGCAAGAGAAACCUUUUUAAAGGCCCGAGCCUGAACUUGCCGACGAUUUCGUCUUCAUCGCGCACGUCGAGCGCGGGGUCGCACUCGCGCAGCGGUAGCGGCUCCGGCAUGCGAAGAUCCACCGACGUGGCUAUUCCGGAGAUUCAGGAAGAGGACGAGGAUCGCGUUGUGGAAGAAGAUGAGGAGAUUGAAGAGGUGGAGGCGUUUAAUCCGAUUGUGGGGGGACCGGGUGAGAUUGUGGAGGAGCAGAUUAUCGAAGAUGACGAGUUGCCGUCUGCGUUGGAUCUUGACGAUGCACAUCCAGCUGUUGGGGUCAAGUAA